UCCGCUCUGGCGACCGGCGCCAUGGCACCGGGCGCCUGGCAACGCGGGGCGGGGCCGUGUCUGCAGAGAACGUGGCGCGUGUCUUCGCUCCCGCGGACACGUAGCUGCCCGGAUGGUUAACCUGCAUGAAGGGGUUAAACCCACGUCGGGAGUGGCCUCAGGGAUACCUCUGCUUCCAUACGUACAUUCAUUCAUUUCGCAAAUAUUUGUGUAGUGUCUAAUCUGUUCCAAGCACUGUUCCAGGCGCUGCGCAGGGCGGGCACAAGACCUGCUCAGUUCAUAGUCCAGUGGUCAAGACGGAAAAAAAAAAAAAAAUAGGAGUCACCAUAAUAAAUGUUCACUUACGAAGUGUGGUGAGGGCCAUGAACAGGGUGUGGUGAACCGGGGAGGCUUCCCUGAGGAUGAGGAAUCAGCUGAGGAGGGCAGUCAAGGCCAAGGCUGGAGAUUCCUCUGGAGGAUGGAUUUCAUGGAACCAAGUGAGGAGCACAGGCAUUGGGGGCAGAGAGCUGUUGUAGUUGUUUAGGGACUUUUCCUCCAACAUGAUGAUUGAGCCAAAUAAAGCACUUGAAGCCCUUAGCACUGAGCUAUUGGUUCCUGAUGACAACUGCAGUCAGCUCCCCAGAUGAGCAAGAGGGCCUCAGGCAGCAGUCCGAGCACCUCCACCACCUCUUCCCUGCCCCUCCCAUCAGCUCUGCUUUGGGCACCCCCAAGCCCUGUGCUCCUGACCCUCCACCCAGAUCUUUGGCUUGGGGCGCAGUGAGGAAGCUGCGAAGAACCCAGGGGCAGGGCUGCGCUGCAAUAACCUGGCAGGUUCUAGAAGCUUGCAACCAGGACACAAGAGAGCACAACGAUGGCAGGCCCCCGGCACCCCGUGUCUGUGCGUGCUGCAGCCUUGUUGCAGACGGAGCGGUUCCAGAGGUUCACCUUCUCCGUGCACUGGUCAGAUGACAGUGACACCUUCGUGUGCAGGAGCUGGGACGAGUUCAGGAGGCUUAAUGGAAUCCGCCGGGCUCUUGGAGACCAGUAUGCCUGUUCUCACCCUCAGAAGACACUCAAGGAGACCUUCCCGGAGGAGGCAGGCCUGCUGCGGAGAUCCCACCGUGUUAUCCCCAAGCUUCCGGACGCAUCGCUUUUGGUGCGCAGUGGGCGCACAGGCCGCGGCCUGGCGCACCUGAGGCAGCUGGACACCUAUUUGCGGACGCUGCUGGCAGCGCCGGAGCAUGUGUCCCGGAGCCCAACGCUCACCAGCUUCUUUGAGCCGCAACCCUCAGACCUGGAUCCCACGCUGCCACCUGGCAGCCUAGUGAUCCUGCCGGCCCCUGAAGAGCCCCUUCACCGCCCUGCGGGCAGCCUUGCCAUCCGCAGCCUGAAAGCUCAGAGCCUGCGCUGCCUGCAGCCCUUUCACACUCAGGACACACGGGGUCAGCCCUUCCAUGCGCAGGCCCACGAGGCCCUGAAUGUGCUGCUGCGACACCCCUCAGGCUGGUGGCUGGUGGAGAAUGAAGACCGGCAGACAGCAUGGUUUCCUGCUCCUUACCUGGAGGCGGCGGCCCUGGGCCAGGGGCGAGAGAGGGGAGUGCCCCUAGGGAAUAGUGGGUCCCAGUUCUGUGCUUCUUGUGCCUAUGAGAGCAGCCAGGCUGAUGAGCUGUCAGUGCCGGCAGGGGCGCGUGUGCACGUGCUGAAAACAUCUGACCGUGGCUGGUGGCUGUGCAGGUUCCGCGGGCGUGCUGGUCUUCUCCCUGCUGUGCUGCUGAGGCCUGACGGGCUGGGCGCACUCCUGAGUGGCCCAGGGCUCCACUGUGGGGCCAACAGUGGGGAGGAUGGUGCAGGGGAGGCCCGAAGCUCCCCUGAACCUUUCCAGACCAUGACCAUUCCCCCUACUGUGCCGGCCCGACCCCCACUGAGUGCCAUACAGAGCCGCUGCUGCACCAUCACCCGUAGGGCACUGGGGCAGGACCGAAGGGAUCAGGGACACCCUUGAGGGUAUGUGGAACUGCGUGGAGAGCUGUGCCAUGCACCCCACAGCUGGAGCGGCAGGCCAGAGGCUCCAGACCCGCAGGAUGACUGAUGGCAGCCACACCACCCCUAGGGCUGGGGGAGGAGCAUUUGAGAGUGGGUCUCCCUGGCUGGCAGGGCCAAAAGGUUACUUCCUCUGAGUAAAGCUCUUCUGGUUAACCCACA